AUGAGCACGCAUCUAGCUUCAGCUACGAACUCAACUUCCUCCACUUCCUCGUCUCCCAAACUUCGCCAAACAGAACACCCGCCAAUUCCUCAACCUCACGGACAAGAUGGCCAUCUUCUACCUCCUCCACAGGCCUCUCUCGCCCAUGCGCUGAAGUCCCUGAACAACGGCACCACCGACUCGCUCCCACCACCAAGCAACAUUAAUGGUACCGCUGGACCUCCAACCAGCAGGCCAAACAUCCCACAUUAUGAAUCACCCUACGCACGGAGCAAUGCUUCGACCGCUCCUGGGUCACCGAGAAUUCCUCCGCUGAGACAGAACUCGGGCAGCCACACGCCGCGAGUCCGGCCACAUGCGACGUCCUUGAACAUCCCGGGCAUGACCCGGUCCAAAGUCUCGCCCGAUGGCCGCAUCCCCGACCGUGAUGUUGCCGCGAAGCUGGUCAUCAUCAUGGUCGGCUUGCCUGCACGAGGUAAAUCGUACAUUACAAAGAAGAUUCAGCGAUACCUUUCAUGGCAACAGCACAACACGCGCAUUUUCAACGUUGGAAAUCGGAGACGCAUUGCCGCCGGAGUUAUGCCUCCAUCCUCUUCCUCGCCCAGAGGCAGGUCGCUGCCUACCUCCCAGCACCGUCAGUCGCUCCUCAACCCUAACGGACAGGCGGAUGGCCCCGUUCAGGAGGCUGCGUCGAUUUUGUUAAAUGGCACUCAUGCUGUUCAAAUCGAGGAGCCCACGACGUUCGAUCUCAACGGCUCUGCCGAAACUGCAGGCACUCAAGGCGAUCAGCAAAACCACAUGGACCAGUCCGCCAAGUUCUUUGAUCCGAAAAACGAGACUGCAUCCAAGAUUCGGGAACAGGUCGCUCUGGAGACUCUCGACGAGCUCAUUGACUAUCUGCUCAACGGAAACGGAUCUGUUGGUGUCUUGGAUGCCACAAAUAGCACCAUUCAUCGGCGGACGCUUUUGGUUGAUCGCAUCAAACGGCGGGAGCCAAAACUGAACAUUCUGUUUAUUGAGAGUAUCUGCAACGACGAAAAUUUGUUGGAGGCAAAUAUGCGUCUCAAGCUCUCGGGCCCUGACUACAAGAACAAGGACCCUGUGCAGUCUCUGGAAGACUUCAAGGCCCGUGUCAAGGCCUACGAGAGUGCAUACGAGCCAGUCGGUGAAUACGAGGAAAAGCACGACUGGCAAUACAUUCAGAUCAUUGAUGUGGGACGAAAAAUUGUCCACCACCGCCUCAGAGGCUUCUUGGCCAGCGGCAUUGCGUCCUACUUGACAACGUUCAAUUUGUCUCCAAGACAAAUUUGGAUCACAAGACACGGCCAGAGCCUGGAUAAUGUCGCAGGCAAGCUCGGUGGUAACUCGGAUCUCACCGAACGAGGCCAUUAUUACGGGAUGGCGCUGUACAACUUUAUCACGGCAAAACGGAAAGAAUGGGUCGUGGAACAGGAAAAUAAAAUUGCCCGCGCCUCUUUCCCACCGCAGCCUGGAGAUCACACGCCCCCAUAUCCCGAGUUCAAUCAAGACCUUGAGGAAAAGAACUUUUGCGUCUGGACAUCAAUGCUGAAGCGCAGCGGAGAAACGGCCGAGUACUUUGAGGCCGACGACGAUUAUGAUGUCAAGGCGUGGGAGAUGCUCAACGAACUGAAUGCUGGCACGUUCGAGGGCAUGACAUAUGAAGAGAUUGCGACAAAGCACCCGGACGAGUACGAAAAGCGUCAGCACGACAAACUGCAAUACAUCUACCCAGGUGUCGGUGGCGAAGGGUAUUUACAAGUCAUCAACCGGCUGCGCGAUAUGGUUCGGGAGGUCGAGCGUGUCUCAGAUCACGUUUUGAUUAUCAGCCACCGCUCUGUGUGCCGCGUCUUGAUGGCCUAUUUCAUGGAUCUCACGCGCGAGGACAUCGCGGACCUGGAUGUCCCUCUGGGGAUGCUUUUUGCCAUUCACCCAAAGCCAUAUGGUAUUGAGUUCCACGCGUAUCGUUACAACGAGCCCCAGGGCUGGUUUGAUGAGGUCCGGGACUACAAGCCACAGAAAACGCUUGACCGAAACAACUGA